ACACAACCGCGAUCAGUUUGUGACUAAACCCAAUCUAUAUUCGUCCAACGGAUGAAUGAAGUUGUCGUGAGGUCCUCCACGCUGUCACCAUGUGGAGGUCCGCCGCGGACCAGAGCCUCGCCUCCGGCUCAGCGGGACCUCGCGUCGCGGUCGCCUGCCUGCUCGUCACCGGGAUACUCGCCAUUGUCACCGCCGGCAGCGCGACGCAGGCUCCGGCGAGCCGCGGGCUUUUCUCGGACUAUUUCAGACAGCUGACCCGGGAGAGUAGAGCCGUGAGCGGGCCGGCGCGGAGCAUUGCUCCGCCCGAGGCCGUGGAGCUUCUCUCCCCGGACGACCUGUUCAUCGCGGUGAAGACGACCAGCAAAUACCACCGGCAGAGGCUGGAUCUCCUCUUGGACACAUGGAUCUCCAGAAAUAUGCAAAAUACGUAUGUGUUCACCGAUGGAGACGACGCCGACCUGAGGAAGCGGAUGGGAGGUCACCUGAUCAACACCAACUGCUCAGCCGCUCACAGCCGCCAGGCUCUCUCCUGUAAGAUGGCGGCGGAAUACGACGCCUUCCUCAAGUCCGACCGAAAGUGGUUCUGUCACGUGGACGACGACAACUACCUGAACGUGGGCGCCCUGUUGGGGCUGCUGUCUCAGUACAGCAGCACGCAACAUGUUUACAUCGGCCGGCCCAGUCUGGAGCGCCCCCUGGAGGCCUCAGAGGAGCUCAGCGGCGCCACUGAAAUGAGGAAGGUUUCCUUCUGGUUCGCCACAGGAGGGGCGGGUUUCUGUCUCAGUCGCAGCCUCGCCAUCAGCAUGAGACCCUGGGCCAGGUACGUGCGCCGUGUGCCGUUUCUCUGCCGUUUCUCUCAUGUGACUCGUCAUCGGCUGUUUAGCGACGGAGCUUUCGCGGCGACGGCCGAGCGCAUCCGCCUCCCGGACGAUUGCGCGGUGGGCUACAUCGCGGGGGCGCUGCUGGGGGUCGGCCUCGUUCGCUCGCCGUUGUUCCACUCCCACCUGGAGAGCCUGGCGCUGCUGUCGCGGGUGCACGAGCAGGUCACUCUGAGCUACAACGGCAAGAACACCAUCAACCUGAGAGGACCGUUUUCACCACAGCAAGAUCCAACCAGGUUCUUGUGUGUGCAUUGUGUGCUGUAUCCAGACACCCCCUGGUGCCAACAUUGACAAGUUCAUGAAAGCACCUCGUCGGUUGCCCAGCGUGGAGAUAUUCCCGUGAUGAGUUGUGUCAUCUUGUUCGGCGUGGCUGCGGAGACCGCUCUUCAAAGGCACCCUUUUAAGCACACAGCAGCUGGAAGCCUGAAAACGCACAUUUUUGGCAAGGAUGUCAUCUAUAUUGCUGUGUAAACGCCGAAUAACAGUUGCUGGAUGUGGACGCCGCCGACUAGUGGCCUGGCACGCACAUUACAGCUUUGUUGUUCAUUAAGAAAUGAAAAAACCCUCGCGAGUACGAGAAAAUGGUUGGAUUGAAGAGAAUUUUGUGGUGUUACAAUCUGUAAAUCUCAAUUUUAAACAUCCAAAGUUUCUGUACAACAGCACAGCUCGUAGUGUUAUUAGCGUAAAACACAAGUUGUUGGGCAGAUGAUUAGACUUAAAACGCCGCUGACUACCAGGAUGCAAAUGCUAAUUAGGUUUUUAAACAUAAAAAAGCCUAGGAUAACGAUGGGGACAUUGCGAACUGGUCUUUUUCGCAUUAAGACAACAUCAUGUGGCCAUAAAAAGGUGAAAGAAAAGCAUUCCAUAGGUUAGCAAGCCAGCAUGGUGCUCCAGCUGCGCGGAGGCGACGUGGCAAAGAUGGCGGCUGUUGGCAAAUGUUGACUACAACAAGAUGCGCAGCUGCCACCGUCCUUCACGGCGCUCAAACGCUUCAUUCCCUUUGUGCAACUGCCAGCGUGUCAUUUGUUCAUGGAGCAUGCAGGGUUUUGGUUGCAGCAACAGCUAAGUACUUGAGUAGUAACACAGCUAAGUGUUCUUGUGAUUGAAUAUUCCAGACUCCCCAUUUAAAUGACUCACAUUGAGUCAUCCUGCUCUUCAUAAAGUAGUCAAAUGAUGUCCCCUUUUUUAUGUUUCUAUCAAACUCUCCAGUAUCUGGAAGGUGGAUUAUUGUUGAAGCAAAUAAAAAUGAU